CUUGCAGAUGUUGAGAAUUUGGAGUCUGGAAGAGCUGCCCGAAAUGUUUUGCAACUUAAUCAACUUGAGACAUUGUUAUUGUGAAAAUACAUGCUAAGACUAGAUGCAUUGUGAUUGUGAAUAUACAUGCUAAGCUGUGAUGAGCAAGCUGUUGUUGAUGCUGCAGCAUUGAGUUAUUUAGUAAUUUAUUUGUUUUACUGUACUGGUGCACAUUAGUCAAGAGAUCAUACAAGUCUUGACACAGGUCCAUCCUUGUAGAUUCCUUUAUUAGACAGUCUGUUCUAAAAAAUUGCUGCAAGAAAAUAGUUUACUUAUUUUUGCCUCCUCGAUGUAGAAGCAUUCCAUUAAACUAAAACUGGAGCCACUGCACAUAUGCAUUGUGACUUGACAAUGACUUCGUCAGAUCCCAAUCACUUGCAUAGGAAAAUACUAAUGACUACAGAUGGAAAUCAUGAGUUUAAAUAGGCUAGUUGACAAUGGUGAGUAUUGAAUACACCCCCCUUAGAAUCAUUUUUAUACCAAUCUCAAAGUUGACCAACAGAACUUUUAGAUCCAGGGGUACCCUUAGAUUAAUUAACCAAAUACCAAACAUUCGGAUAAUAACUUUGCUAAGAAAAUUUCACUUCCAUCAUCUCCCUGAAACAAUACAUUAAUAGAAUGGCUGAAGCAAUUUUAAUUGAUGUUGCAAGUGGACUUAUAAGCAGGCUUGUUUCACUUGCAGCUGACGAAGUGAUUCGGGCUUGGAAUGUUCAUGAAGAUCUUGAAGAACUCUGUGGCAAACUGGAAUUCAUUAAUGAUCUCUUGUUGGAUGCUUCUGCCAAGAAAUUAACCAUGACUACUGUUCAGAGGUUUUUCAACAAACUUGAAGAUGUGGCUCAUGUAGCUAAUGUGUUUAUGAAUGAACUUGAGUACGAAGUUACUAGACAAAAGGUUGAAAAUCAUCAGAGGAAGCGAGACUUUUUUGUUCCAUCUAAAAACACAAUGUUACAUCGUUUUAAGAUGGCUCAUAAGAUCAAAUCUAUUCUUGAUUCCUUUAAAGAAAUCUUGAAGUGGGGGAAUGAUCUCGGGCUUCAGCCAGUAGCCUAUCUAAAUACAACUGUGCAACCGAGUGGGAGCAACAACACUUCGCCCUUCCAGGACAAGGCACUAAUAGUUGGAAGAGACAAGGAUAUAUCAUAUUUAGUCCAAAUGGUGUGCAAAAAUCACCAAGAGAAUCUUCGACUCAUUGCUGUGAUAGGGAUGGGAGGUCAGGGCAAGACAACUCUUGCUCGUAUGGUUUUCAAUAGUGAUAUUGUAGUCAAUAUGUUCCCAAAUAAGAUUUGGGUUACAGUAUCACAUGAUUUUGAUCUCAUGAAUAUUUUAAAUCAAAUGGUGGAAUCACUCACUUCAAAGCCUUCCAUGUUCAGAAAUGCCCAAGGGGUCAUUAAUGUGCUUCAAAAGAAGCUAAAGGGAAAAAAGUUUCUUCUUGUUCUAGAUAAUGUUUGGAAUGAGAAACCAGAGAACUGGGAUGAACUGAUGAAUUCAUUGCUUGGAUUUGGUGGUGCAAAAGGAAGCAGCAUUUUAAUUACAACUCGCAACCAGAAAGUUAUUGAUGCUAUGAGAUGUCCUAUUUCUUAUCGGCUGGACAAUUUAUCAGAGCAAGAUAGCUGGGAAUUGUUCAAGAAAAGCGCAUUUUCACAAGGAGGAGUUGUAGAGACGAAGGCAUUUGCAGCUUUAGGAAGACAUAUGGUUGAAAGGUGUGGUGGCCUGCCGCUUGCAAUAAACUCACUGGCGUCUGUACUGAGAACAAAAAAGUCUGAGCAAGAGUGGUUGCAGAUCCAAGACAGUGAAACCUGGAAAUCAGAAAGGAUAUUGCCUGCCUUAAGGUUUUCAUAUAAUAAUUUACCUUCCACGUCUUUGAAACGCUGUUUUGCAUAUUGUUCUAUUGUGCCUAAGACUUCCAAAAUUUACAAGGAUGAUAUAGUUCAAAUAUGGAUGGCAUUAGGAUUCCUCUUGCCUCCUAAAGGAAGCGCUUUGCUGAUGGAAGAUAUAGGCAAUGAGUACCUCAACAUUUUGUUGUGGAAUUCUUUGUUACAAGAAGGUGAUAGAGAUAAAUUGGGAGACAUCACUUAUUACAAGAUGCACGAUCUGGUGCAUGAUCUUGCACUAGAUGUAUCUAAACAUAACUCUGCAACUAUGAAUGACAGUGGUGUAUUGAGCCAUAAUUCCAAGGCUACAUACGUGAGGCUUGAUGAAGGGUAUUCAGGUACAAAACCAGCCAAUAUGAGGAGAAACUUUGAGGGAGUGCAGAUGUUAUAUGUGGGGGCUCGCAUCCUUGGUAACGUGUUACCUUACCUAAAACACUUGACUGCUUUGGUUGUAAACAAUGAUGAAGUUACUUAUCUGUUGCCAAGUUCGCUGCACAAGAUGAAAUAUCUUAAACAUCUGGAUAUUUCUUGCUUCCAUGGUAAAUUGCCGAAUCACAUCACAGAAUUCUACAACUUGCAGACGUUGAGAGUUGGAAAUCUAGAAGAGCUUCCAAAAAAGUUUUGCAAUUUAAUUAACUUGAGACAUCUUGUCAUCACGGAUAAAAAUGGCGACCCUCCAAGUUGCAUGUUUACCGGGAUAGAGAAGUUAACUUGUCUGCAAACUCUGCCUCAUUUUGUGGUGAGUCGAGAUCAAAAUUGUCUUUUGGGAAAGUUGGGAGGGCUGAAUAAUCUUAGAGGAAAACUUAGCCUCUACGGGCUUAGUGAUGUCAUGAAUAGGGAAGAAGCAAGUGCAGCAAGACUAUGUAGAAAGUCAUAUAUUCAUCGUUUAUUGUUGGAAUGGAGAAGCAUCAAAGAUGAUCAGGAAGACAGAAAAUACAACGACGAGGAUGUGAUGGAAGGAUUGAAACCUCAUGUAAAUCUUAAAAAGUUGAAGAUUGUUAACUUUGAGGGGAAAAAGUUUGCAUCAUGGAUUAUAAUGAUGAGAAAUUUGGUGGAAAUUACAGUAAUAGAUUCUGAAAGAUGUGAAGAAUUUCCACCACUUGGUCACCUUCCCAAAUUGAGGAAGAUAAAGAUAAGCAGUAUGGAAAAUGUCAAGGUUAUAGGAAGCGAUAUUUGGGGAGGCGUAGGAAGCAGUGGCACUGAGUUCAGUGAAAGUGGAGCCCCAGAAACAGUUACGACAAUGUAUCCAUCACUGACCGAACUCAUAUUGCAGGAUUUGCCAAAGCUUGAAGAAUGGCUAGAACCAGUUGUGAGUUCAGGCAGUGAAGACCAAAGAGCUCUUCUAGUAUUUCCUAAGAUUGAGAUUUUAGUAAUCCUGAAUUGUCCGAAUUUGAGAAGGAUCCCAAGGAAUUGUUUUACGUUCCUAAAGGAAUUGGUAAUCUCUGAUUUGGACAGCAGCAACAUGAUACUUGAAUCAGUGAGCCGAACUGUUAGUUCUCUCAGGUAUCUCAGACUAGUGCGUAUUAGUGAUGGAAAAGAAGAGUCUUCUUCUCCUCCUCCUCCAAAUCUGGACAGUAUUAGUAACAAGCUUUUAACAAACAAUUCUCUGUCUCUAAGAUCUUUAGACAUACAUCAAUGUGAGGCCUUGACAUGUCUGACCCUUGGCGUCGCUCUUCAGCAAUUAGAAGUGUGUUAUUGCCCUCAGCUAGCUACUAUCAGUGUAGCCAAAGACUCAGUUGGUCUUAAAUAUUUAAGGAUUGCGAGUUGCCCUUCUCUUUCAGAGUGGGUAUUUGUCCAAAGUAUGAGUUCCACACUUGUACAAUUGGUAUUAGGUCCAUUCUUGGCGGAACUAGAAGAAUUUCCAUGGCCAUUCUCUUCUGCUGCUGCUGCUGUAAUUCCCUUUCCCAACCUAAUAGAACUAAAUCUGUAUGGUUGGCGAAAUGUAAAGUCAAUACUGCCUUCAGGGAAGAUUGGCGACCGUCUCUCCUCUACCUUCCCUGCCUUGACUGAAUUGAUUAUACAAGACUUCAAAGGAGUGAAAGCUCUCCCAGAAUCUCUAGCAAAGCUUCCAUGUCUCAGAGACCUGCGUAUUUUCAGUUGUGGGAAUUUGCGUAGUUUACCCACAUUUGAUGAAUCUAGUAGCCUUCAAUACCUGGAGAUAUCCGGAUGUCCUGUUCUCCAAGAAAGAUGCAGGAAGGAGGGUGGAUCAGAAUGGUUCAAGAUUCAACAUAUUCCACAUAUAGAAUGGUAAAAGUGCAUCUAAAUCUCUCAAUUUCAUCCUGUUUUAUGUUACAUUCCUGCUAGCAUUAAGGUAUUGCAGUGAGAGUGGCACAGAAUUGUCGACACCGUACAUUAUGUAAUAAUAAUGUUGUAAGUGCAUGUAGAAUGCCCUCUGUUUCUAUAUUAA